AUGGGCCGAUUAGAUGGAAAAGUAGCUCUCGUCACAGGCGCUGGAUCUGGCUUCGGAGCCGGCAUAUCGAUAGCCUUCGCUGAAGAAGGUGCCAACGUACUCGUCUGCGACAUCAACCAAGCCGGCGGAGAGUCAACAUGCCAGUCCAAUCCAACCGCGCUCGCCUUCCACAAAAUGGACGUUACCAAGGCCGCAGACUGGAAGUCCGCUAUGGAUGCCGCCACCCAGAAAUGGGGCAAGGUCGAUAUCCUCGUGAAUAACGCUGGCACGAGCUAUGUCAACAAGCCUACCAUAGAAGUCACAGAGGAUGAGUUCCAGCGGACAUUCGACGUAAAUGUGAAGGGUGUGUACUUGGGUUGCAAUGCUUGGGUGCCGCAGGCGAUCGAGCGAAAAGAAGGUGGCGUCAUUAUCAACAUUGCCAGCGUCGGCGCGACCAGGCCACGACCGGGUCUGGUCUGGUACAAUGCCUCGAAAGGGGCAAUAUGGAAUGCAACGAAAGGUCUGGCUGCGGAAUAUGGGCCACACCAGAUUCGCGUCAAUAGUAUCUGUCCUCUGGUCACGGGCACCGGAUUGUUCUCACACUUCACGGGUGUAGAAGAUACACCGGAAAACAGAAAGAAAUUCAUAAGCAAUGUGCCGAUGGGGCGUAUUGGAGAGGUCGGUGAUGUGGUAUCAGCAUGCUUGUUCAUGGCAAGCUCGGAAGCAAGUUUUAUCACUGGAACGAACCUUGAAGUUGAUGGUGGUCGCUGUAUCUAA